AAACGCGGGCUGCCUUUCACACGUCCAACAAAAACUGGGGGCACUCUUCAACGACACCCCCCACCCAUCUCGCCAGGCGGAGGCGGUCUCUCUAGAAAAAUAUCUCUCGCAGCUCUCACCGCUGCUCGGCGGACAGCUUUAUCCGGCCAAGCGUCUUGGUCGGUGAGCACCAAUAUCUCUGUUUCCUCUCAGCACGGUGGCAUAGGCAAAUUACUGCCUUGUCAGGAUGGUUCUGAUGAUUUAUUUUAGUAAAGUCUAGGCACCAGUCUAGAAGGUGUGCCAUUCAUCUCCCACCUCAUCCGUAAGAUGGGCUGCUUCCCAUCUAGACAGAGAAGAAGAAAGGUGUGGGGAAUCGAGGAUCCCAUUCUCCUCGCUUCGCAAACGGCUUUCAGCGUUAGUGAAGUUGAAGCUCUGUACGAGCUAUUCAAGAGAAUCAGCAGCUCUGUGAUUGAUGAUGGCCUGAUAAAUAAGGAAGAGUUCCAGCUUGCUCUUUUUCAAAAUAGCAAGAAAGAAAGUCUUUUUGCAAAUCGGAUAUUUGAGCUCUUCGAUACCAAACAUAAGGGGUUCAUUGACUUUGAAGACUUUGUUCGAUCUCUUAGUGUCUUCCACCCAAGCGUUCCCAGAGAAGAGAAGAUCGAAUUUUCAUUUAAGCUUUAUGAUUUGGACAACACCGGAUAUAUAGAGCGCGAAGAGGUUAAGCAAAUGGUGUUAGCUCUUCUAGGGGAGUCAGGAAUGAUGUUGGCUGAUGAGAGUGUCGAGAUAAUUCUCGACAAAACUUUCUCGGAAAUUGAUGUUAACAAGGAUGGGAAGAUAGACAAGUUGGAAUGGCAGAAGUUCGUUUGCAAGAACCCCUCUCUGUUGAAGAUCAUGACCCUUCCCUAUCUGACGGAUAUAACAACGGCAUUCCCGAGCUUUGUUUUCAAUUCGGAGCUUGAUGAGAUUGUCACUUAGAAGAUGAGAUAGUCAAAAUUUUGUUGCACUUACGAUUCUAAUUUAGAACCUGAUAGCAUAGAAAGGAUGAAUUCGCAGAUAAUUCAAGGCAGGUGUAGUUUCUGUAUCAGGGACUUGUGUGAGAGCGGAGGAUGUGCAAACUUCAGGGCUUUUUUUGUUAGUUUUAGAAUGCAACUACUGCUAAGAUUUUUCUUCUACACCAUCUCUAUACAGACAGACUCGGAGUCAAGCUUCGGUUUUUACUUU